AUGGAACCGGGCCUAGGGUUUACUUCCGGACAUGGUCAGAGCAAGUUGAAUGCUGAUAUGAACGACAAGCCUUCAGUCCGUAUUUUGGUAUUGGGUGAUGUCACAAGAUCCCCUCGCAUAAAAAAUCACGCUAGGUCUUUUGCCAGGGAGGGCUGGCGAGUUAAAUUCUCUGGUUAUCGGGGCGUAGAGUCGAUUUCCGAUGAUGGCAUUACCUACUGCUACCUCUCCCAACCACCCGCAUUCCUGGAUGUCUACCUUCCACGAUUUAUCGCGCUUAUCUUCAAGAGCAUUUUCUUAGCUAUCUGUCUCUUUGUCCACUUGGCUAUACACAUGCAAGAAGAUCUGCUAUUUGUUCAGUCUCCUCCUGCGGCACCCACUCUUUCAGUUGUGUACUUUUUUGCGCUGCUGAAGCAGUGUCCAACUUGCAUCGAUUGGCACAAUUAUGGUUAUACGAUAUUGGAAACCCCCUCUGGCCGGAGAAGUAUUGCCUCAAGAAUGUAUAAGCUCAUGGAAUUGACAUUUGCGUCCUGGUUUCUUAACUCAAAUGCGUUUGUGAAGACUCGUCAUUUUACAGUUGCCAAAGCUCUUCGAGCUGAUUUACGUGAACAAACAGGCAUUGAUGCGGUAGUUGUUUACGACAAACCAACCAAGGACUUUAAACCUACUACGAUUGAGGAUGCACACAAACUCUUUUGCCGUCUCUCCCACGAUUAUCCGCAACUGAGGGGCCCAGAGGGAUCUACUGGAAGCACUGCAUUUACUGAGAUCGUCGAUUCGUCGUCCGGUACCUGUAGAUGGCGUGUUGAUCGACCGGCCCUCCUCGUCAGCAGCUGUUCCUGGACCCCCGAUGACGACUUUGCCAUCAUGUUGGAGGCCUUGGACAGCUAUAAUGCCACUGUCACCUCUUCACCUAAUAUUUACUUUCAUAAGCUCAUUUGUAUUGUUACUGGCCGUGGACCACUGAAGUCGCAUUUUCAGGCAACAAUAGAGAAACGUAACUGGAAGCACGUAGAUGUUCUGACCCCUUGGCUCAAAUGGGCUGACUAUCCACUACUUCUGGGAGCUGCCGACUUGGGUGUCAGUCUACAUCGCAGUACCUCGAAUCUCGACCUUCCCAUGAAGGCAAGUAUCGUGGACUUAAUAGGCGCCGAAGUACCGGUCCUUGCACUGGCCUACCCAGCCCUCUCGGAAUUACUUCCAAAUGGUCAGUUGGGGUAUCACUUCUCAACGGCAGAGGCUCUGACCGACCACCUGACGCGCCUCCUGAUGCCGAAGGAGGACUUUGAGGGUGUUGGCGAUGCUCCUGACCUCGUCCGCUGCCGACGUAACCUACAUGAGCUCAAACAAUUCCCAGACAUGGACUGGCACACCCACUGGCUCAACACCGUCUUGCCAACCUGUGAGAAACUACUGGCGGAAAGUCAAGACUAA